CUGGGACCCCCGGGCGGGGCGGGGCGAAGGGCCGCCGACUUCCCGACUCCACUGCCAGGCUGGGCCCGGCGGGCAGUCCGGCGAGCGGGGCGCGGGGCCGCCUCACGGGGCGCGGGCGCGGGUGGCCCGGCGCCCUGUGGAGCCCUGGCGCUCCGGAGCGCGAUAGGAGAUCGAUAGCAGCUCCCGCGGCACCAUGACUCGGGCAGCCGAGGCCCCGCCAGCCGGCCGGGAAGCGGUCCGAGGUGGCCCGGCGGGCGGCGCGGCGGCAGGUGCUGGGGUGCAGUAGCGGAUAGGGCGGGCGCGCGGCCAGGCGACUCCUGGGCCCCCGGCCCUCGAGCUCCAACUCCAGCCCGGGCCCAAGCAAGUUGCGCCGGCGGCGGAGAGCCGGGCUGCAGGGCCACCGGCCCGCCAUGCCGGCGGUCAAGAAGGAGCUCCCAGGCCGCGAGGACCUGGCCCUGGCUCUGGCCGCCUUCCGUCCGACCCUGGCCGCACUACCACUGCCGCCGCUCCCAGGCUACCUGACACCACUGCCAGCUUCGGCCGCCCUGCCCCCGGCCGCCUCGCUACCCGCCGCGACCGCCGGCUACGAGGCGCUGUUGGCUCCGUCACUCCGCUCGCCGCGCGCCUACCUGAGCCUACACGAGGCCGCCCCGUACCUCCACCUGCCCCGGGACCCCCUGGCCCUCGAGCGCUUCUCUGCCACUGCGGCCGCAGCACCGGACUUCCAGCCGCUGCUCGACAACGGCGAGCCGUGCAUCGAGGUGGAGUGCGGCGCCAACCGCGCGCUACUUUACGUGCGCAAACUCUGCCAGGGCAGCAAAGGUCCGUCCAUCCGCCACCGCGGAGAGUGGCUCACACCCAACGAGUUCCAGUUCGUCAGCGGCCGGGAGACGGCCAAGGACUGGAAGCGCAGCAUCCGCCACAAAGGAAAAAGUCUGAAGACGCUUAUGUCCAAGGGGAUUCUGCAGGUGCACCCUCCGAUCUGCGACUGUCCAGGCUGUCGAAUAUCCUCCCCAGUGAACCGGGGGCGGCUGGCAGACAAGAGGACGGUUGCCCUCCCCACUGCGCGGGUCCUAAAGAAGGAGCUGACCACCAGCUUCUCGGCCAGUGAUGGUGACAGCGAUGGGAACGGCCCCGCCUAUGGGCAGCGGCCAGGCUUGAAGCAGGAGGACACCCCACAUGUCCGUAUCAUGAAGAGAAGAGUCCACACCCACUGGGACGUGAACAUCUCCUUCCGAGAGACGUCCUGCAGCCAGGACAGUGACCUGCCCACCCUCAUAUCCAGCGUCCAUCGUAGCCGCCACCUCGUUAUGCCCGAGCAUCAGAGCCGCUGUGAAUUCCAGAGAGGUGGUGUGGAGAUCGGCCUGGGAGCUGCAGGUGACCUGUUGGGCAAGAGGCCAGGCCGCACCCCCCACGUCAGCGGUGAGUGCCCACUGGAGAAGAAGGCACGAAGCAAGCCACCCCAAGAGACUCUGUUGCUGCCAGAACUAGGGCCCAGCAUGGCCCCUGAGGAUCACUACCGCCGGCUUGUGUCUGCCCUGAGUGAGGCCGGCACCUUUGAGGACCCGCAGCGUCUCUACCACCUGGGCCUCCCCAGCCACGAUCUCCUGAGGGUCCGGCAAGAGGUGGCAGCAGCAUCUGUGAGGAGCCCCAGUGGCCUGGAAGUCCACUUACCCUCAUCCACGGCAGGUCAGCGCCGAAAGCAGGGCCUGGCUCAGCACCGAGAGGGCGCCGUGCCAGCUGGCACCCCAUCCUUCUCAGAGAGGGAACUGUCGCAGCCGCCCCCCUUGCUGUCGCCCCAGAAUGCCCCUCACAUCGCCCUGGGCCCCCACCUUCGGCCUCCCUUUCUGGGUGUGCCCUCGGCCCUGUGCCAGACCCCAGGUUACGGCUUCCUGCCCCCUGCCCAGGCGGAGAUGCUCGCCCGGCAGCAGGAGCUCCUGCGGAAGCAGAACCUGGCCCGACUGGAGAUGUCGGCAGAGCUGCUGCGUCAGAAGGAGCUGGAGAGCGCGCACCGGCCGCAGCUGCUGGCGCCCGAAGCCACCCUGCGCCCCGCCGACGGCGCCGCCGAGGAGUUGCAGCGGCGCGGGGCCAUGCUGGUGCUGAGACACAGCUCCGCGCCGCUGCUGGCCCUGCCCCCCCAGGGACCCCCGGGCCCCGGCCCACCCACCCCUCCCCGGGAGCCUGUCCGCCGAGCCCCUCGGAAGGGGGGCCCCAGCCCUGCCUCAGCCCACUCCAGUGAGUCCAAGGAGACCACGGGGGCUGGGCUCUGGGCACAAGAUGGCUCUGAGGAUGAGCCCCCAAAGGAUUCAGAAGGAGAGGACCCUGAGAUGGUGGCCGCCGGGGGCCAGGGCCCCACCCUGGGCCAAGCCCCAACUGGAGGGGCCAGCCCUGAGGGGAAGGGGCUUCUCUCAGGGUCCAUGCUGCCCCCUCCACUGCCCCUGGGCUUACCCUACGCCGUCAGCCCCUACUUCCACACAGGCACCAUGGGGGGACUCUUCAUGGAUGGGGAGGAGGCCACAGCCCCUGAGGACCUCAGCAAGUGGACAGUGGACGAUGUCUGCAGCUUUGUGGGGGGCCUUUCUGGCUGUGGAGAAUAUGCACCGGUCUUCAGAGAACAGGGGAUCGACGGGGAGACCUUGCCCCUGCUGACAGAGGAGCACCUCCUGACCACCAUGGGGCUGAAGCUCGGGCCUGCUCUCAAGAUCCGGGCCCAGGUGGCCAAGCGCCUGGGCCGAGUCUUCUACAUGGCCAGCUUCCCUGUGGCUUUGCCACUGCAGCCACCGACACUACGGGCCCCAGAGCGGGAGCUCACCUCUGGAGAGCAGGCCCUGUCCCCAGCAUUGGCCCCUUCCCCCUAUGGUGGGGGGCACCCCCCUGCUGGGAGAGCCUCGCCCAAGCAAGAGAAUGGAACUGUGGCUCUACUCCCAGGGCCUGCAGACCCCUCCCAGCCUCUGUGCUAACCUGGUGGGUGGACCACCCUAAUCCCUAAGCCCUUCGGUGCCAGCAGCUCUGAUACAAAGGACCCACUCCACAGCUUCUCUUCCUUUUGGUUUUGGAUGCAAAAACAAAGAUUUUUUUAAAGGAAAACAUGACUUCAAAGGAAAAGAGUUUCUGAAACUUUCUGGGAGUAGAGUCAGGUGCAGACAGCCUGGGGACCCAAACCUGAGCCCAGGCACAGGGACUCUGCAUCCUGGGUACCUGCAGACAAACCAAAGAAUGACAGAGGAGGCGGAGAAGGCACAUCAUGCCACACUGGCCUUGGCCAUGCCUGCUGGCUCUCUCUGGAACCGGGACAGUUCUCUGCGAGAUUCUCAGCAUCCUGCCGUCGGGUGAGAGGUCAGGGCAGAGUCCCACUCCAGACCAGCUUCCCUCACGGGGCUGAUGUAUCUAACCCAGCAGUGCGGUAUGCACUGUGGGCAGGCUCCACGGUGCUGGUUUCCAUCCCCACAGCCGCCACUCCAGGGAUCUGCACAGGGCUCGGUACUUUCUGGUCUUUCAUGUUGUGAAAAUAAAGCCCAGUCCACCAUCUACUGCCCUCCCCCGCACCGCGCAGGCCCCGGCCUCGGGUCUCAGCACCGGCCAAGAAGACACAAGCCUGGCUGCCUGGUAAGGUGGGAACACUGCACGGCAGUCCCCGCAGGCCCCGCCCCAGGCCGGCAGCCCUCAAUCCUCCUCAGAGAGCUGUAGCUCCUCCAACUCAUCCUCUGGUCCCUGGGCCAGCCGCCACAGCUCCCCGAGGUGCAGCCCCACCUCUGUGUCUGGGUCUCCAUCUGCAGGGAGAGACCGAGACUACAUAAAUUCUGCUUUAUCAGGAAGAAGCCAGCCUUGGAGAUUACUCAUCACUAAUUAAUCACAGCCCUAAUUAAUUUAUUGGUGCCACUGUUACUGGCUGCCAGAGCCAGCGGGAACGGAGCAGCUGGCGUGGCAACCUCAAGGAGGGGUGUGAGCCCAGCUUAGAGCCAUUCUCCCACCCAAUGGCCCCACCCACCCACCGACGAAGUGCCGCCCACGACAGCCUUGGGUUCCUGAACAGACAGGUUCAAAGGGCCACAGCACCACCCCUCACUCCCAGGAAUCACUCACCCUUUGAAUUGCUGAUUUCCUCUUGGCUGCUAAGGCUGCCAUCCUCCUCCUCCUUUUCCUCCUCUACCCUCUGCCAAGCACUCGGGGACCCAGGCAUCCCUGGGGACCAAGAAGAGCCCAUGGGAGUAAGCCCACCAGCAAAUACAUACUGGGGACAGCUAAUGUAGGAGUGUGGGCCAGGCUCAGAACCCCGUACCCACCCACCCUUCCCUCAGGCCCCCUUCAUACAGGUGGAAAGGAUUCAGAAGUGUCCAGCCAAUAGUACAGGUGAGGGAAUAAGGUCUUGGGACACGUGUCCCAACUCUGGGAGGCCCUCACCUCAAAGCAAGUGAAGUGGUGGGAGAAGGCGCACCGCAAACGUGAGCAGCCAGGGGGAAGCAGGCACCCUCUUCUGGUUCCACGAGAUGCGUCAGGAAGCCUUCCAGGGCCACCUACCCCUUCCCCACAGGGAGCUCAGGCUCAGGAGCCCAGGCCCCUACCUCUCUCUGAGAAAUCCAUGGCACUGUCUUCCUCGUCACUGUCCAGAUCAAAGAGGUCCUUAAAUUCCACUCUGUCUUCAUUCUUAUUGCCUCCCACUUUCCGCCGCUUUAUCUCUGGGAAGUUCAGGUCUUCCAGCUGGAAAGACCCAAAACCAGAGUAGUGAGGGUGGUCUGGUGGCCAUGAGAGAACCCACCUGGCCCAAUCCCCAACCCACCAUGUCUCGGCCCCGGGCCCCACCCUCCACCUCAAGGCUUAGCUCACAGCCACAGCUGGGUCACAUCAUGCGUCAUGCAGCAAGAGCCCUGACCGCAGCUACUGUCCUUCCCUCCCAUUCCCAAAGACAGACUUUACCCAAACCCAGCAUCCUAUUCCCUUUUCCAUUUCCCUUCAGGCCUUGCCUCCCAACCCGUCCCCCACACAGACUCUGCUUGGCCAACUUGGUAGACAUCGCCGGGUAAGACGCCUGGACAGCCACCCUGCCAGGCAGGUGAGGGGGCCCCAGCCACGCACACUGGCCACUAAGUACCAUCAAAAGCAUAGUUACACCCACUGGCUGAAGGCCCCGCUACAGGCCCCCCCCCCCCCCCCGCCCCCGCCACCUUUGUGUCUCCACGUCUUUAGCCAUCACGUCAUGGGAUGGCAGACCCGUGAUACCAGGACAGGGAUACAGUCACAGGCAUGCCACUCAGCACGAAACUGUCCCCUCAAGUCACACCAUGCCACACCCACUGGCACAGCUCCUCCUGCCCCUCCCUGCCUGCCCUCCUGGUGUCCACAGGCUGGCCUGAGAAAUAAGGUCAGUCUGGCCACUUAUUCCCCCAAAAUCCCCAGCCCAGUCACGCCUGACAAGGCGUAAGGACCUCCUCCUGGAGGUCAUGAGAGAAGCCCCCUGGUCACCCAGUAAUGCAUGAUGUCUGCCCCUCCAGAGCAGCCCCAGGACAGGCUGCAGCUGGGAACAGGCCCCAACCGUCCUGGUGACAUCGUCCCUGAGACUAUUUCCUCCCACAAGCCCCCUUCCCCACCCUGGUCUUAAAGUCAGAGCCAGGGUGCUAGACCCUGGUCUCAGAACAAACCAGGUGGUCAUGCCCACAUCCCCGCUCCGAACCUCCUCUGCAGACAUACCCGCUCUUUGCCACUGAUCUCCAGCUGGAUCUCUCGCUCUCUCAGCUUCCGCCACUGGCUAUAGUACUUGGUGAGAGGUGUCCCCUCUUCUCGGGUCUGCUUCUCCCAGGUGUCCUAUGGGGAGAGUUUCAGGAUCAUGUCCACCCUGGGGAAACCUCCAAACCCCAGCCCUACACUGACUAGUGCCCUCAGGCAGUGCUGCCACCCCACCCACCCAGACACCAGCUCCCAACUGACCACUGCAUGCUGGUCAGCCACACCGAAGGAGGCCCUCUGGCGGCGACUGCAAAUAUACUCAGCAUUCUCCUGCACCUUCUCUAGCAGCUGGCGUAGCUGCCGACAGUAGUUGGCCACCUUGCAUUCCCGGAGGAAGGAUUUCAACUGCAAAAGGAAGGGGUGGGGCGGGGGGGGGCGCGGUGCUCAGCCUAGGUCCAGGCACAGACCAUGAUCUGCCGGGAUCACACAUGACCACAGCGAGGUGAUGGGGGAGCAGGAAACAUGUGUCUCACAGCCCUAGGGCACACAGUUGGGGAAUGGGGCAGUUACGUUGGUGUGGGGUGGGGGCCGCAGCGUGGUGCCGCAUGACCCCUGUUGUCUGGGCCCUGUGGGGGCUGGAGAGCAGACGGCCCACCCUACGGGCCGGGCAGAGGAACAGGCGGCAUGGAUCUACCCUCCAGGUCACAUCCCACCCUCAGCCUGUCUGUGUAAAUAAAGCUGUAUUGAUACACAUCCACACUCCUUCA